AUGCCGCCCUUAGCAUCCGCCUGUGCAGGCUCGAUACUUCGGUGUAGAAGUUUAAACACAGCCAUACCAUUUACUCGUUUAUACUCGAGCUCUCCUGGAAAUAAUAAAGUCCGGCCGGAACACCCCUAUUUCAUUGACGUGCCUGGCCAAGCACCGCCGCGACGAAUCUUACGGCGGCAUGACGUGAAAGGCACACUCCCUCCACCUCGCGACGUCCUCAAAACCCGCGCUCUAGCCACUCCUAAGUAUCUGCCGGAGUUCUUUCAGGCUACUAUUCCCGAGCCGAAGGACUCCAAACCCCCCAAGAAUGACCUCGCUGCCUGGAAACAACAAAUGGCAGACAUGCGAAGGAGAAAUUUGAGGGAAUCACUGACCGAAUUGCAUACAAGAAAAAUGGAACGGCAAAAACACUUAGCUAGUGUGCGCCAGGGGCAACAAAAACGUCGACAACGCCUUUUAAAUGCACCAAUUCGCGAAGAUGAGCGUCUAACCAACCCCACCGUCACCAGUCUCAACAGUGUGCUACAAAGUGGUCCACUCCCGGACCCCAAUCGUGCGGCGCGGCUGGCCGCCAAAGCUGCGCGUGUCCAAGAAAAAGCUGAAAUUAUGAUGCAGCGCAGAAAAGAUGCCCUUCAUACUCUUUACAUGAAUGCACGGAAUUUCAUUACAACGGAGGAAGACUUAGAAGAUAAGAUUCAAGAAAUAUUCACGCUCAAACCCUUCUUAGAGAAUGAUUAUAAUGACAAUAUUUGGGAUGCCCUGGGCUCGCCGCCAACGGCUCAGGAUUUGCUCAAGAAUAGUAGCGGCUCAUCAAAGACUGCCACGCAGGCAUAUCAGUCACCAGCGGUUGUUAUAGGUGAACGAAUGCGAAUAAUUGCGGAGGAGUUAACUGGAGGCAAAAUGGAAACGCCAAAAGAUGCUUUGGUGAAAUAA